GAGGGGCUGUCAGCCCCGGCGCUUCCGGCGGGUCGGCUGGGGCUCCGCCAUGGGGAAGAAGCACAAGAAGCACAAAGCCGAGAAGGCAGAGUGGCACUCGACCCCCGCCACGGGCUACAGCGAUUAUGUGGAUAAGCCUUUGGAAAAACCCUURAAGCUGGUUCUUAAAGUUGGUGGCAGUGAAGUGACCGAACUCUCUGGGUCGGGGCAUGAUUCUAGUUACUAUGAUGACAGAUCAGAUCAUGAGCGAGAACGACAUAAAGAAAAGAAGAAAAAAAAGAAGAAAAAGUCAGAGAAGGAAAAAGAAAAGCAUCUAGAUGACGAAGAAAGAAGAAAGAGAAAGGAAGAGAAAAAGAGGAAAAGGGAGAAAGAACAGUGUGACACUGAAGGAGAAACUGAUGACUUUGAUCCUGGGAAAAAGGUGGAGGUUGAGCCUCCUCCAGAUCGUCCUGUCAGAGCAUGCAGAACUCAGCCAGCUGAAAAUGAGAGUACACCGAUCCAGCAGUUACUGGAACACUUCCUUCGCCAGCUCCAAAGGAAAGAUCCUCAUGGGUUUUUUGCUUUUCCUGUCACGGAUGCUAUUGCUCCAGGAUAUUCCAUGAUAAUAAAACACCCUAUGGAUUUUGGUACAAUGAAGGAAAAAAUUGCAGCAAAUGAAUACAAAUCAGUCACUGAAUUUAAGGCAGAUUUUAAACUGAUGUGUGAUAAUGCAAUGACUUACAACAGACCAGAUACUGUUUACUACAAGCUAGCCAAGAAGAUACUGCACACAGGCUUUAAGAUGAUGAGCAAAGAACGGCUGUUAGCUUUGAAGCGCAGCAUGUCGUUUAUGCAGGACAUGGAUUUUUCUCAGCAGGCAGCUCUUUUGGGUGAUGAAGACACAGCAGUUGAAGAACCUGUUCCUGAAGUUGUGCCUGUGCAAGCAGAGACUACCAAGAAAUCCAAAAAGCAAAAUAAAGAAGUUAUUAGCUGCAUUUUUGAACCUGAGGGAAAUGCGUGCAGCCUGACAGACAGCACUGCUGAAGAACAUGUCCUGGCACUAGUGGAACAUGCAGCAGAUGAAGCUCGGGAUAGGAUCAAUCGAUAUCUACCCAACAGCAAGAUUGGUUAUCUGAAAAAAAAUGGAGAUGGAACCUUAUUAUUUAGUGUAGUAAAUUCAUCUGAUCCAGAAGCAGAAGAGGAAGAAACUCACCCAGUGGAUCUAAGUUCACUGUCAAGCAAAUUAUUACCUGGCUUCACUACACUGGGCUUCAAGGAUGAACGAAGAAAUAAAGUAACCUUUCUUACAAGUGCCAAUACAGCACCUUCCUUGCAAAACAACUCUAUAUUUCAUGAUUUGAAACCAGAUGAGAUGGAGCUCCUGUACUCAGCAUAUGGUGAUGAAACUGGGAUCCAGUGUGCCUUGAGCUUACAAGAAUUCGUGAAGGAUGCUGGAAGUUACAGCAAGAAAAUAGUUGAUGAUCUUCUGGACCAGAUCACUAGUGGUGACCAUUCCAAAACUAUUUAUCAGCUAAAGCAGAGGCGAAACAUCCCAGUAAAACCACUGGAUGAAGUUAAAGUUCUGCCAGUUCUUAUAAAAGAAGAACACAAGUUGCGUAAUAACUGUCUGGAUUCUUCCAAACAGAUUAUGGUUGGAGAAUCUGCUGGAGACAGUAACACUUCUGACUUGGACUUUCUCUCUAUGAAGCCGUACUCAGAUGUAUCUCUUGAUAUUUCUAUGUUGAGUUCAUUAGGGAAAGUGAAGAAGGAGCUUGAUCAUGAUGAUAACCAUCUGCAUCUGGAUGAAACAACUAAGUUGCUUCAGGACCUUCAUGAAGCUCAGGCUGACAGAGUGGGAUCCCGCCCAUCAUCCAAUUUGAGUUCCCUCUCCAAUACCUCUGAAAGAGAUCAACAUCACCUUGGAAGCCCUUCACAUCUGAGUGUUGGAGAACAGCAAGACAUGGUUCAUGAUCCCUAUGAAUUUCUGCAGUCUCCAGAAAUAUCAAAUGCUACAAGUAACUAAUCGGACAUGAACUGUAUUUAUUUUGUAUUUUAAUUGUAUUAUUUUUUAUAAAGUUUUUGUCCAUGACAGAAACUGCAUUUUUAUCCUCUUUUCUAUGAGGAUUACUGUAUAAUAUUAUCAUGUAUACAGGAUUAAACAAGCAAAUGUUAAAAAAACCCCAAUCCCAAACCAAUUACUGCAUCAUGUUGUUGGCAAUUUACCAAAAACUUCUUUCCAUUUUGUUUGUUAAGGGAGGUUGUUAUCCCCAGGUAUGUGAAUCUUGAAUGAAAAACAGCAAGUAAUGUGUUAGAAAAAUUUGUAUUUUAUAGAAACUGAAAAGUAAUAAUUUUCCCAGAAUCAUGGCAGCAGUCAUUAAAUGUUUCCAGUACAAUUGUCUACUAGUUCUGUUCAGGUUUUUACCUGCUGUCUCCAACGAGGAGCAAAGAGCUGUAUGAACUGGGAUCAUUAUUAUGUUUUCUAUCUCCUAAUGCUAAUAAUGUGUAGAAAUUGUUUCUUAACAUUUCCCCAUAUUUUGAAAUAUUUUUUUAGAUCACAAUAGAGAUUAAGUAGAGAGCACUUAAUUUGAGAGUAAGUGUACUUGGUAGCUGCAGUAAAAUGCUCAUUUACAAGACUUCUGCCUUGGAUUUGAAAAAGAUGAAUGUUUUUGUGUUCCCUUGUAUCUUGAAACACAAAAGAAAAGACUCAUAUUUUUUAAUAUGAUGUGUAUAUCUCAUGGAAAAAAUACUGGAUAAAGUAUGCUGUUCAAUAAUUUCAAAAUUAAACUUUUGUAAUACAUCAGUGCUGAAACUGAGGGGUUUUGUAUAUGACUAUGUGCAAGCAAACAAAUGCUAUGAACCUUCAUUAUUUUGUAAAUAUUAAUAAAAAUAGAAAAGCAGUUUUGAUGUAUAACAAAUAUGUUGUUCUUGACAAGUGAAGAUUUCCUGCCUUUACUAAGUCUGAAAUACGAAAAUGUUUGGGGUUGAAUUAAUGUGCUGCUUCAAAAGAUUAAUUUCAUCAUGCCAUUUUCAUUAAUUUCAUKUACCUAUAAACAAAAAAACCYGUCAGUUUUUAGGAUCCAUCAAGCAAGUCAGUCAGAUAACUGAUAGCAAAGUCUUGAUUUAAUAGGAAGAUUGUUUUGUUCCAAGCAGGAGUGCUAAAGAAAGCAAGGGCGAGGGUUUUUUUUUUUCUGGGAGUUGUUAGGAAUUUGUGUGGCAACAUGCUUGGGCUGCGUUCUGACUCAUCAUGACUGUGGGUUCUUGGAAGUGACAUGGAUGAUCUGCUGCACUGUGACAGUGCUGUUGGAAAGGGUUUGCAUGGACACACAGCCUUGUGUCGGUCUGCAACUUCCAUAACAAUUUUAAUCGAAAAGUGUCUUUAAAACUAAUGUGGUUUCAAUAUCUAUUAUAGUAGGUCUGAUUUUUCAUACAGAAAAUAUAAAUUGAUUCCUGUAAUGGACUCUAYAGUUGCAAUUGGUGAGGAAAUCUUUAUUGAAACACUUGAUGUUAAAUUGCCUGCCUUASUGCUUGAAUAAAAUUCCACAGUAGAAUGUUUAAAAUACUCCUUUAGAGGAAGGUGCUGGUUGGUUUUGCUUUUUGUUUAAACCUCAAUGUUUGCUACUGAAAAACUGAAAUAACAUGCAGWAUCUUAUUAGAUGCCUUCACCUUGGAUUUCAGACAGAAUGCAUUCAAAUUCUGUGAAAUUCUGUAAAUCAGCUUUUAUGGGCUCCGUGAGUUGGUUGUAURAAAGGAUGGAUAUUGUUUGCAUCAUUACUGUAUCAGAGAGCACUUUGUGCCUAAGGAAGGUUUGCAUGUUUAUUCAGCCUAUCUGGCCCUUGAGCAAUGUUAGUUAUGCACAGCAAUCUCCAGYUGCGGUUCCAUGAGUGCUGGACAAUCCUUUCAAUAGGCCUACUGCCUGCAUUCCCCAGGUAAAAAAUGCUUUUAGGGCAAAACUUCUUCCCAGAAGCAAAUACUAGUGGUUUGCUGUGGUGCCUUCUCAUAAAUGGCRGACAUUGACUUGUGCCCUGUUUGCUAAUGUACAUACACAUGAUUGGGCUCAUUAAAUGCCUCAAGAAAACCUUUCAUGUUUGAGAAAUUUCAUUCUUCUAUAUUUUAUAGAAAAAUGGAAAUCUUGAGUUGGCAACCUCUGGUAAAAAAACUCUAAAAUUUUAAAGAAAGUGAUUGAAGUAACUUCUUUCAGUCACUUUUGUCACAGUGCAGCUGUGAUUCUCAAGCUGAGAGAAUCUUUUGCUCCUCUUCCUUGUUGGUGUAYGUGCUUGUGCUUGUACCAGUGGUACACUCUUGUGUUUUCCAAAUGAUUCUGGUUUAUCUGAAAAAAGCCUUAGGAAGCAAGGGUAAAAAUUUCCUU